CCGGACACUUUCUUGAUGUGUUGCUCCUCGCGUUCCACAAAGUCUUAGAACCAAACUACGCCCUUCUUCUGAUAGCAAGAAAUUCCGCUCACUCACUUGACCGACCAGCUCUCCACGAGGAAAAUACCACCCCCGCCACAGCCUCCCUCAGGAAACAGCCACCGUCGACACAUCGGCGCCAUGUUUGGAAUCACUAUCAUCAUCCUCGCCACCUUGUGUACAGCACAUAUGCAGCUCAACUUCCCUCCACCCUUCAACGCCUCCAACAAUCCCCACCGCACAACACGAGCAGAUCCUUACCUCCAAUACCCCUACAACUGCUGCGGACCGCACGAUAGAUGGAUGUAUCCCUGCCGUGGUUACGAGACGCUCCUCGGCGAUCCACAAGGCGCCGCCACCGCAACAUGGCCAGCAGGCAGCACGCAAAGCUGGAACAUCAGCGGCAUCGGCAACCACUACGGCGGCAGCUGUCAGGUAGGCUUCUCCACUAACCACGGCGAAACAUUCCGCGUCGCCACGAGCUACGAAGGAAACUGCCCGCAUAGAAACAAUGGCAACGGGCCAGAUGGGCAAAACUUCGACUUCACUGUGCCCGCGGAUCUGCCAGCCGGCGUGCACCUCUUCACGUGGACCUGGUACAAUCGUGAGCAAGAGCUCAACAGUAACUGCGCCGCCGUCGAGAUCACGGCAUGUAUCGCAGCGGACACGCCUCCCGCUCCCGUCGCGUUCGCCAGUCGUCCGGAGAUGUUUGUGGCGGAUGACGUAAAUGGAUGUGUGACUCCGCACACGACAGCUGAGCUGCGGUAUCCCUUUCCCGGACCGGAGGUCGUGACGGGUGAUGGCGCGUAUCCGCUUCAGCUACCUACGGGUAAUUGUGGCGGUGUGGGCGUGCAAGCGUACCAUGGCGAGACCGGAGAAGAUGGGCAUUGACCAAGUCACUCCUGAUCGGCGUUGAGCUUCACGCCAGAGGUCUGCUGCGCUUACCAUGCGUAUGCUGGUCAUACGCUGCGGGCCACAUAUGGGCAGGAUCCAUCGAUAAUGGUAAUGAACAUAGUGGCCAAGGCAC